UGUUAAUUUUCUUUCAAUGAAGCAACUUCAUUGACUCACACACGUCCAACAAUUUCAGUCACAGGUGUUUAUGAUUCAGUGGAGGUUGCAUCUAGUUAUAAAACAGUUGCAGUCGCUUUGUAUAGUGCGGAUUGUUCAUUAUAAAAAAAUGGAAGUUUUUGGUUUAGUAGUUUUAUUUCUUGUUGUUGUAGAAUGCAGGAAGUUACCCUCCUUCGUAGAACCCUGCCUACGAACAAACCCGAACAUCACCGCCUGCAUCCUUCACAACGUGGAACUCCUGAGGCCCCGAUUCCUGGCAGGAAUCCCCGAACUCUUCAUCCCCCCGCUGGACCCGCUGGUGCUCCCCAAGGCCUCCCUGGACAGCGGCGACCAAUUCUCCGCUUCCUUCUCGGACAUCCAGAUCUACAACGCGCUUGAUUUUCAGCUGGAGAAGGUCCACUUGGACCUAGAGAAGUUCAGCGUCGAUUUAGCGAUCAUGUUUCCAUCGCUGAGGAUCAAGUCAAGAUACGAAUUGGACGGGAAGCUGCUGGUGCUGCAGCUCAAAGGCCAAGGACUGGCUGAUGGGAAUUACACGAACGUCUAUGGCAAGAUAUUCGGGACCGGCGUUCCAUUCGAGAAAAACGGCAAAACCCACUACAAAAUCGAAGAUUCGAAGAUCGACAUAGACAUCGGCGGCGCCCAUCUCUACUUUGACCGCAUCUUCGGCGACAACGAGGAACUCAACGAGCAAACCAACAAAGUCAUCAACGAGAACAUCAAGGAUCUGAUCGGCGAAUUGAAGCCGGUGGUAAUACAAGUCAUAAGAGGGUUCGUGCUGGGCAUUUGCAAUCGAUUGUUCGAUAGAUACACUUUCGAUGAACUGUUUCCGAACGCUUGAAGGAACAAUUUAGAGAAUAU